UAAUUCAGAUCCAACGGCUUCCAUCAUACGAAACACAGCGAAGAAAAAUGGCGGGAAGAGCAUCGAGUUCGAACCCUUCCGAUGUCCUCCGGCGAAUCAAAGGUUUCGUCCGAUCACUCAUUGAGGAUAUCUCCAUCAAUCGCGCUCCUUCGGUUGCCCUCGAUCGCUUCCGCAUCUAUUGCUCGGAUCCCUCCGGGAACUGUAUUUGCAGCUAUGACUCGCCCAUUGGCAAGGAAGUAAUCUCACUUGAAAAGGAAAGCCAUGCUUACAGACUAGAUGUAUUGCUUAGAGUAUUACAAAUUGUACAGCAACUAUUGCAAGAAAAGAGACAUGUAUCCAAGAGAGAUAUCUACUACAUGCACCCAUCUGUUUUCUUAGAGCAAGCAGUUGUUGAUCGGGCAAUCAAUGACACAUGCAUUCUUUUGAAGUGCAGCCGUCAUCAUCUUAAUGUGGUGCCUGUAGGAAAAGGGUUGGUGAUGGGUUGGCUAAGAUUUGUACAAGCUGGUAGGACAAAUUAUUGCAUAAGGAGCCUUGACACUGCCUAUCCUGUUCCUGUAUGUUCUGAAGAAAUCAAAG